AUGAACUAUGAAGAGUUUAAAGAGGGUCUUAAGGAUUAUGGACUUGAUCUGUCAGAUGAGGUAUGGACUGCAGUUUCAUUACACUUUUAUUGCCUUUUGAUGCAAAAAUAAUUCAGCAGAUACAGUAAAAAAAAUCCGAGUAAAAAAUGUUCUUUCGCAAAUUAUUAUGACGGAAUCGAUCAGGAAACUGAAUAAUUUUAACUUUCAGUGGACAAAAACCCUUCAUCAGAAUACUUUAAGCCAUAUCACAUUCCUUAUUACACUUUCUAAGGGCUAUAGAUGUAAUUAGUUAUCUGGCAGUAAUAACACCAAAGAAGAUUUCUUACUUAAGCCCGACAAAAUAAAUCUCAAAUUUCACAGGAAAUGAGAAAACACAAGUAAAAUCGAUAACUAUAAGAUUUCAUUUUGUGGAAUUUGAAUACUGAGAGGGAGAUGUUGGUAAAAAGCAUAAGACAAAGAAGAAAAACAAUGCUAACCGAGCGCUGGUCAAUUUGUUUGUGUUGUUUAUUUAAGCUUGAAUUCUAAGCUAAAAAUUAUCACUCUGAUUGACAACAUUUUUUUGAAAGUAGAAAUUACUAGCAAAUGAAAUAUCAAUACGAUCUAUUUUUUUAAUGCAGGAGGUUACAGAGCUGUUUUCUUAUUUUGACAAAGAUGGAUCUGGUCAAAUCAGCCUUGAUGAGUUUCUUGUUGCUUUACGAGUAUGUAACAUGUUUUAGAUUUGUAUUCAUCACCAUCACUCCUUGCCUUCAUAAUAAUAAUAAUAAUAAUAAUUAAUAUUAAUUAAUAAUAAUAAUAAUAAUAUUAUUAUUAUUAUAUUAUUAUAUUAUUAUUAUUAUUAUUAUUAUUAUUAUUAUUAUUAUUGCCAACGAUUAUUGCCAACGAGCAGGGCGGCAGCUUAAUAGAGCAGUGGGCAGAAAAAAAUCUCGAAUCGGUCUAACAUAUAGUAACGUAAGGUACCUUCGAUGACUUAAUGCAGAACAAAAAUUGCAUUGUUCGCAAUUUUCGUUUCAACCUGUUAAUCUGCUCCUUUCUUUGAAGCUCUUAUUGGCCAUCGCUCUCAUUACCGAGUGCCGUAAUAGAGGCUUCUCAGCUUCUUUUAAGGGAGGCCUCUAAAGAGUGUUUUCAUAUGACGUCACGGUGGCCAUAUUGGUGUCCCAAAACAAUGAAACGGCAGCCAUGUUGGUGUCCCAAACCAGUCCUUUGGGAGUUAAACUCUUUUCUUAUGCACACGCCUCCUUUUGUUCCAAUAAAUUUGCAUAAAUGCUGGCCGCGUGAGUGAAAAAACUCUAUACAUAUAUAGUCAUACUUUUUUUUUCCUCCCCAAAGGGGCUUUUCAGGAACAAUCAUUAUUUAAACGUAUUGCAUUUAACUAAUUACAACACUCAACUUAGUUCUAAUAACAAUGCUUUAAACUAGCUACCAAUUAAUAUACUUUUUAAACUUAACUAAGAUUACAACAAAAAAAUUUGUUAAAGUUACCUAAAAGCUGGUUCCUGAAGAGGCGUUUAAAAAUCUGAAUAGAUUGGCUUAAUUCAAGAGAAGGUUCCAAAUUGUUCCAAAGCUUAAUAGUCUGUAAUAAAAAGUUCAUUGUUCGGAGGCUGUUCUGUUUAGCUUUCCGCUACUCUGAGUUGUUCGUUUACUAAAAAAAAUGACUAGCUCACGGGUAAUAAAUUGGGAUGUAAGAUAUUCACGGGCUUGACCGGUCAUGCAGUUCUAACUCAAAGGGGCCCAUGUGUCAUGGCUUACCAGUUCAUUUUGCUCAUAAUGCCAAUUAUGUGUCCUUGUUCACUAUGGGACUUACGGAAUUACCUGUAAAUAACAAAAUCACAGCGUUUUGUCAAACAAAUACAUUUUAGUAUGUCUUCUACGCAUUAUAUAAAAUGUUACAAAGAACAAAAUUAAGGUUAAGCUAACAAGCUUUCAAAAACCACAGGCCUUCAAAUUAUUUUCGGGUGUUGACCUGACAUCAUAAGCUUUAGCUUUAUUCUAUUUCAGGGAAACUUAGCAGGUCGUAGGUUGGCAGUAGUGAAAGAGGCAUUUAAAAUAGCCGACAAGACAGGAGAUGGUGUGGUAACCUUUGAAGAUUUAAAAAGGUGAGUUGGUUUCAGAGUAUCAUAAAUAAGCCUGUUGAUUCGAUAUGUGCUUUUGACACCCCAAAUUCUUCUCAUUUCUCUUCUUCAAAUCCUGAUAUUUUUCAACUUUUUCCAAUUUCUUAACGUGUAUCCCUUAUUAUACAUAAAGCAAGGAAAACGUUUUAAACGAAAUUCGUAGAUGGCAAUAGCUGUGAUCUUGGGAAGCUGUUUAGAGGAAUGAAAGCACCGAAGGAUAGUCUUUAGGGAGCUUACGCAAAGACGACGCUGACGUCAAAGAGGACGUCAAAAAUUCAAAAGGUUUAGAUUGACAAAACAACAACUUUGCACCUACAUCAUACUUUUUUGUACACUUCUUUGCCGUCGCUGCACGACUACGACGUGAAAACGCUUAAUUUCACGUUUUGUGGAGGACGUGAAGACAAGACAACGACUUUGUUCAGUCGACUCCCGAUAAUUUGAACCUUCAAGGGAAAUAGAAAAAAGUUCGAGUUAUCGGGAGUUCGAGUUGUCGAGGGUAAAAUUAUAUAGAAAAUGGUCUGAAGGCAAAUGAAAAUUGCUUCGAGUUAGCGAGAGGUUCGAGUUAUAGAGGGUUUGAGUUACCGGGAGUCGACUGUACUUCGUUUCCUACACUUCGAUACAGUCUUUUAGAAUUCAACUCCAGAAAAAAUUGAAACUUUUGACGAACUGACUGAGAUGGUAAUGAUGAUAAUGUUAAUGAACGUUUUCGCAUGUAGCCUCUUCCAGGCUCCAAGAUAGUGGGGAAAACGUCUCGAUUACUGUAAAAAAAAAAAAACCAAAGAUGCGAAAAACCACGUGAAGACUGCCGCCGUUUUUUGCUCGCUCGCUUUUUCGCUGCUUGGGCGCUUUUUUCGCUUCUCUGGCUUUUUUCAAAUCGUGUGACUCACCGAGGGCCUGGCACAUACUAUAUAUCACAUUCGAUAGUCAUAUCCCAAAGUAGCUUUACUUUAACAGAGGUCGCCCGACGACUUUUUUCAGUAAAAUAUCUGUUCGAAAAACAAAAAUUGCCUAGAAUUUUCUUUUACCUGGGGACAGCUUAACAUUUCUAGAUGACCGUCCAAUUCGUGUACAAUUUUCGAAGCUUAUCUGCUCAUAAAUUCCCUACGAUUUUCUGAAGUUUAUUUUUUUUUCACAUUUCACUCCCCGGGCUAGGCUAUUUUUCGUGGAAAAAAGAAACCUAAAAUUCUCGGAUUCAAAAUAUGACGGAGAGAGGAAUCAAAACGAUUUUCUUUUUCGCAACGCGCUAAAUUGUAUCUAAAAUUUUCGCGAAAAUAAUGCUGAAGCCCUUGCAAUUUUAAAAAACCGUAUUAAGUUUUCCUAGGAUGACCCAACAGAUGGAGAUUUUAUAGCGCCGCUUAGAAUUCAUUUGUAAAGGUCUUAAAGUACUUUGGAUAGUGUAAAAAAGUGUUGUUAACGCAUCUGGGAGGAAACCGCCGUUCGGUGCCGCUGAUUUUAGCCUGGUACCAGGCUUCGCAUGCGCAGUGGGAGAAAGGGUAAAAAACGGGUUCAAAAUACGAAAAAUAUGGGCGAGCGAGCCGCGCCCAGCGGCCGCCCAGAGGUGGCCACCCUUUCUCCUCCCCAGAUUACCUCUCGGUUCGCUUCGCUCGCCUAUUUUUCCUCCAAUGGGGAGUCUGGUCCCGGGUUUAAAUAUGAAUUCAUAAAUAGACUCCCCCUUCCACGGUUUUUUUUCAAGUUUUAGUAAAUGAGCAGGAAGAGAAUAUCCAUCGACACUAGUGAAAAAAGUGCCUUAAAAUUAGGAAACUUACCAAGAUUAAAAGUCAAACAAGUUAAGAUAUUGCCUCACAAAAGUCGCAGAAUUUUUGUUUCACCAUUUCUUGCAGAGCCUACAAGGUCACAGAGCACCCAAAGUACAAAAAUGGGGAAUGGUCGGAAGAGCAGGUGUUUAAAGAAUUUUUAGAGAGCUUUGAGCCAGACCCGUCAAGCCGAGACGGAAAGGUUAGUUGUGUUUAUUGAUAGUCAUAAAAAUGAAUAGGAAAGGUGACAUUUCCUGACAGGAUUUGAACUCUACUGACUUUCUAGACACUGAGUUAGAGCCUCGAAACUAAAUUCAUUAUCCAAAUUAAGCACUCUAUGAUUUAAAUUAGGAUGAUUUUUAGCAAGUUUACUGAUUUGUCCAGCGGUUUCAUCAUAACUGUCGAACUGAAUUUCAACUGGUUAGCUCAAUCUACUGAACAGGAGGUCGCAGAGAUUCAAACCCUGGCCGGACCAGCACUCAGGGUCUUAAAAUAAUAACUCAGGCCAAAGUGCUGCUUUUGCAAUAAUGACAUCUGCAAACCAUUAGACUUUCUAGUCCAAUGGAUAAGGACGAAAAACCGUAGGUUCCGUCUCGCGGCACCUAAACUUAUUUGGUUCAUGCGCAUGAGGGACGUAAAGAACCUCAACCACUUUUGGAAAAGAUUAUAGGGGACGUAUACCCCGGUGGUGCGGCAUCCUGGGCUGGGCGGGAUAUAUGUAAGGACACACCUAAUUUUAAAAAAAUUGGAGCCCUGCUAUCUGUUGUGUGUCCCGCACCAUGUGGUGGAAGUGAUUAAAUAAUAAAUGAAAAACUAGUAAUAACUAAAGGUUUCGGAGAGCGGGCGACAACGAUCGGAGGUCCAAACGCUUUUGCUCCAACACUGUGCUUUGCGUAAGUUUCUCGUGUCCGAUGGUCAGAAUAAAACACGCGUGAUCAGAUUACGAGGGGUAGAAGGUCGAAAUGCGCGUGAUCAAAUUGCGUUUUCUCGUAGUGCGAAGGCUAAACGAAUACUGGCUAGAUACAUGCGACGCAUGCGUAAUGAAAACCUGGAGAUUAGGAUUGCGGGCUCCUCUUUUCGCACGCACUAAGCCGUAACAAUCUCAUUGCAUCAUUCUAGUUGCCGUAAGUUUCGCACGUUGUGAUGUGUACAAACAGUUUCAAUUAGUCCUUUAUCUCACAACUAUUAAUUUACCUAAUAAAAGGGGCUGAAAUCAUAAGCGAAACGUGCAUUACAUUUACAAUUCCUAUUUAUAUUCACGACUAAGAGACAGCAACGGGUGUGCAGCUCGAACUGUGUGCCUGAGUGUUUAUUGCCGUCCGAAUAGCUUGCAAAGUUAAACAUCUUAACUAAAGAAUGAUAUACAAACACUCCUACAUAAAGUCACUCAGGUUAAACUAGUCACGUGCACAGCCUGAAACGAAAACGCAAUAAAAACCCAAUGGGAAAAACUGGGAACGUAUUCUCCACUGCAUGACCAAUGCAGUCACACAACCUCUGGGGGUUAAAGAUAAAAAGGUCAAUAGAUGGAUAUGUAAAGUAGGAUGUAAAAAUAAUAUAAAAAUUGAAAGUUUGAGACCUGAGAUAAAUAAGUUACACAUGACUGUCUACGGCUCACGUGCGUUCAUACCAACGGCAAAGUAUUUACAUUCCCUAUCACUGCCACUACGUUUUAGGGUCCCAAAGGGGGGGGAGGGGGGGGAGUGGGCGGAGCCUGGGAGCCCUAUACCCCUUUAGGACCCUGACGUUUAGCUUCGCCUAGCCUGCGAUCAAGCUCUCCGGGGCGUUCUGCCGGGGAGCGGGAAAAAUUCGGGGACAAUGUUUUCCCGCCCCGCCGCCAGAGAGCCUGGAGAGCUUUUCUCGCAGGUGAGCUCCGCCGAAUGUAAAUACAUUAUUUUUAACCUCUAGUUAUAUUGUUCUUCUGUAUUAAUUUUUAGGUCACAGAGAGAGAAUUCUUGGAUUACUAUGCUGCGAUUGGGGCAAACAUUGAUAACGACGCAUACUUUGAACUCAUGAUGAGAAAUGCAUGGAAGAUGUAA